GCCGACGAUGAUGCGAGUUUGUCACAGCCUUCGUACGUCUUCGAGCAUGGCAGCCAGCUACCCCUAGAGGGAAUCAUCAUUCAAGGGACCUCGUUGCAUCUUGCCUGGCGGGGCGGUGGCAGCGGUCCUGCCUUCGGCGUUCGCGUCUCCGUGGAGAUGCGAACUGUCGAGGGCACCCCACUGCGCCGUGGCAGCAGCAACUCCCUCUCGCUCUGUGACGCUGCCACAGCCGAGUUGGCAUCGCAGCUGCUUCUCGGGGCACAGGGUGAGGCUCCUGCACGGGAUCCUUCGCCCCUGGCCCUCCUGGCGCCCCCGGACAUCGCAGAGGCUGCUUUGGAAGCGGCUCGUGCGUUGGACGCCGAGCAGCGGAUUCAGAGGGCUGGCGACGGGGCGGCGGCAUCCAUCGUCCCAUCCCUUGGGCUGCGGCUGGCCUCAUCCGAAGGCAACUCGCCACUCCUCCGACACCUCAACGCCUCGCUCCCGGCGGGGCGCCACGCGGCGUCGCUGCCGGCACGGCGACCAGGCCUGGCAACUACAGUGCUCGCAGCCGUGGUGCUUCGCGCAGGUCUUUCGGACGUUGCCCAGCGGUGCUUGGACGAAGAGGCUACGGACGACGACUGGUCAGUGCUGGCUGAUGCCUGGGCCGAGGCGCUCCGUCUCCAGUCGCUCUGCCACCAGCGG